UGGUAUUGACUGAUACCAAAUCUCUUUUGUUGAAGAUACGAUUAGUCCAUCUGCAAAAAUCAUCAAAGAGCCAAAAAAGUAUCUACACUCAAAUAAUCCAGUACCAUCUGGGAUUAAAAAGAUACUUUUAAGAAAAUACAAUACUAAGAUGGCUGAUACACCAGAGAAUGGAGAAGAUGCUUUGUUAAACUUGCAAGGAGACCAGGAAGAAGUAGGUCUGACAGAUUUAGAUGGUGAGAACCAGUUUGAAGGAGGGGAUGGAGAUGCUACAACAACACAGGAAGAAAGUGCAGUGGAGGAUCCAGAAUUAGAAGCCAUUAAAGCUAGAGUUAAAGAAAUGGAAGAGGAAGCAGAAAAGUUGAAACAAAUGCAAAAGUCUGUAGAUGAAGAAAUGCAGAUGACCUCACCUACGUUAGCACAGCCAGCUGGUUUCCCAACAGUAGAAGAAAAAUUAGAUGCAGAUGCAAGAUCAAUAUAUGUUGGCAAUGUAGAUUAUGGUGCCACUGCAGAAGAAAUGGAACAACAUUUCCAUGGAUGUGGUUCAGUAAACAGAGUGACUAUUUUAUGUGAUAAAUUCACAGGACAUCCUAAAGGGUUUGCCUAUGUAGAAUUUGCUGACAAGGAUUCAGUAACAACAGCUCAAGCAUUAGAUGAUUCUUUAUUUAGAGGAAGACAAAUAAAAGUAACAGCUAAAAGAACCAACAGACCAGGUAUCAGUUCAACCAACAGACGACCACGAGGUGGUAGAGGAGGGGGUUAUAGAGGUUCACCAGGGGGAUAUUAUCAACCAAGACCAAGAGGCAGAUUCAGUCGCUUCAGAAGGGCAACAUACUACUCCCCAUAUUGAAGAACCAUAUUUUACGGCAACCAAAAAAUUGUGGUCAUUUUACCAGUCCAGAAGAUGCCAAAUUUAUUUAUCAUUUUUCGUAUAAAUAUCAUUUUAUAAUAUUAAAAACUGUUGUACAGCUCUUUAACAUUAGAAAAAGGCUAACUGUUUUAAAAAGAAAAGCAAAGUUUUACUCUUUUAAAAUUUUAAAAUUAAACAGAUUUAUAAAUCCCUGUCAAAGAAAAAAAAAAGAAAAUAGGUUAAAAAUUAGAAAUAUUUUAAAAUUUUAUAAAAAGAUUCCAUACUAGUUUCAAAAUAUGAACAACAACAACAAAAAAAAAACCUUUAAAAAACCUUUUCCUUGGUCUAUAAAAAACAUAAAAUAUAAAAGACAAUUGUACCAAAUUAAUAUGUUUUAAGUAAUUUUGAUUAAUAAUUGUAGUUGGGUUAGUCCAUGAUACUUAGGACAAUGUAGGAACCAAUUUAAUAUGGGAACUUAAUUUAGAAACUUGUAGCCAAGGAACUGACAUUCUUCAAUUGAUUGACAUAUCAUGCUUUAAUUUGAUUGGUCAAAUAUUAAGGUGUAACUUGUCUUGAUUCAUUGAUUGACAGGUUCUUUUUUCAGGUUUGCUGCCAUCAAAGCUGACCAGCAAUGCAAACAUCUGUUGUUUUGGUGCUUUCCAACAGCAAGGCAUCCACUUUGUAAUUGUUUUUAAUGUGCAAUAAUUUCCAAUUUUAGAAAUGUUAUGCCUUGCUUUUGGAAAGGAUUUAGACUAGGAGAAAACCAGGAGGGAGGGUUAAAAAAAGUAAAAGAGAAAAAUAGAAAAGAAUAAAAAAAAAGUUAAAAAAAGAAUCAAAAUAGAAUGAGAUAUAAAUGAAAAGCAGAGAAAAAGUAUCUGAAUGGUGAAAGAAAAAGGGAGAAAAAAUUAGGGUGGGACAAAUUAAAAAAAAAGAAAAGAAAAGAUUGGUGAUUUUAAUUUAAAAAAAGUAGGAAUAAAAGAAAUUGAUUUUAAAAAAGGGAGAAAAAAAGAAAGAAAGAAAAAAAUGUAAAAGAAGUAUUUGAAAUAAAGAUAUAAAAGUGAAAUUUCUUUUUGUCUUACUUGAUAGUUGCCAUAUCCAUUACUUUUAGUUUUCUUUUGUGUAAAACCCACUUCAGUACAACUUGUUGGAAGCUAGCUGGUCUUAUUUAUAUUCUUUACAAAUUAUAAACUCUAUGGUUUGUGUUUGUAAAUCUGUGAAAUUUCUCAAUUAUUUAGUCAUGUUGGUAUGAUCGAAGAGACUGGACAUGAUCAUUUAUAAACUUUUUUAAGGUUUGAAUCAGGUCCAAAAUUACAUCAUUCAUUCCUGUUUGAAAUUUAUCCCUUGUUUUGCUAGUCUGGUAUAUAAAAAAAUAAGAUUUAUGAUUGACAAUGAGACCACUUCCCCAUAAGAGAACAACCAACUUAAAAGUUGACAACUACAUGUAUUGUUCAAUUUUUAUUUGCAUGGACAAUGUUUAUGACAUUUUUAUUAAAAGAUAAAAUGACAUUUGAUGAACAUUUUUGAAGGAUAAGUCAGUAUAAAUACACAGAAGGACAUGUUGGACAAAACAUGCCUCUGGUAGUUGAUUUGAUUCAACUUCUUCAUUAGCAGCUACAUUGAGAUUUCAGGCUUUGUUUAUAUUUUACCCUCUUUUCAUCAAUUCAUGAUUUAUCUUCAUUUGCUAUUGUUUUAAAUUAUUCUAUAGUUGUUACAAGUUAAAUGAUGAAUUGUCAAAGUUGCUAGUUAAACACAGUACAAAAAAAUGAUUCUUGCUGCUGUACAAUCAAGUUACGAAGCACACAAACACCCCCAUUCCCCUAUCCACCUGAAUUUUGUUCAUCAUCUUCAAUGUUGUACUUUAUUUGGCCUUUUAAACUUUUUUUGGUUUCAAGCGUCACUGAUGAGUCUUUUGUAGACGAAAUGUGCAUCUGGCAUUAAUACAAAAUUUAAUCCUGGUAUCUAUGAUGAGUAUUUAUCAUGCUUUAUAAUAUUCAUUUUUCUUGGAUUGUACUUUAGUUACUUGACUUUUCUUAACAAGAUUGAUCCUUCUGGAGUUUACAUGUUUGACCCUUCUUGAGAUUAACUUGGCUAUCAAAUUAUCUUGUAUCAACAAUAAAGUUUGACUGUUAUGUCAUAUUAACGGUAGCUAGGUUUAAGAAAUUGAAGUUUUUAGUUUUUCUGAUUGUUGAAUAGAACCAUGAUUCAAAAGUAUGUGGUAGUUUUGUCGAGAGUAAAAAACAGAUGUGUAGAAAUUUUGUUAUAUAUGGUAUGCGAUUGUAUUAACUUCAGCACAUCUCAUGUGGAGAUUAUUUUGCCAUGACCCUUAGUCGUGGUCUAUCGACUAAAAAAUAAAGAAUGAAAAUACCCAA